AUGGUCAAUAACCUCUCUGGUAAGUCUGCAGUCAUCACUACACAGCUCCCAUGUCUGUGCAGCAGUGCUCCAUGCCUGAUGUGCUCCUAUUGCCCCACUGGUAAAAAUUCUGUAGUGACACGAUUGAUCUAUUCAUCUGUUUUACUGCUUGGAACAGUCGUUGCUGGUAUCAUGCUUAUACCUCCACUGGAAGAUCAGUUGAAAAAGAUUCCAGGAUUCUGCGAGGUUGGCCUUAAUGAGCAGUUGCCUGGAGAUAUCGAGGCUGUGAAUUGCAGAGUGUUAGUUGGCUAUAAGUCAGUGUAUCGUAUCUGCGUUGGAAUGGCAUUGUUCUUCUUCUUGCUGGCUCUGCUUAUGAUCAAUGUGAAAAACAGCAAAUGUCCCAGGGCCAUGGUACAUAACAGCUUCUGGUUCUUCAAAUUCGUAGCACUUGUGGCUAUAAUGGUUGGCGUGUUUUAUAUCCCUGAAGGACACUUCACUCGAGCCUCGUUCGGGAUUGGUUCAGUGGGUGCCUUUUGUUUCCUCCUCACGGAGCUGGUGCUGCUGGUUGACUUUGGCAAUUCUUGGAAUGAAUCCUGGGUGAGAAGGUCACAGGAAGGAGGAUCCCGGGUUUGGUACUGGGCACUGCUGUCAGUUACAGGCCUGAAUUAUGGAACGUCAUUAACCAUUGCAAUCUCCUGUUAUGUGUUCUACACCACGGCUGACGGCUGCAUUGAGAAUAAAUGUUUCAUCAGCUUCAACAUCCUGCUGUGUGUUUUAGCUUCUUUAAUAUCAACUCUUCCAAAAAUCCAGGAAGGUAAUUCUUGCACUGGUCUCCAGUCAUCAAUCAUCACGCUGUAUAUUAUGUACCUCACCUGGUCAGCAAUAAGCAAUGAGCCAGACGCUGAGUGCAAUCCCAACAUAAACGUUUUUGAUCAGACAUUUCCUAGCGCUGACUUCAACAACAAGAUGACUUGCCAGGGAGCUGCAGAGGCACUGCGAGAUACUCUGACAGCUUUGUCAGUGCUGCAGAAGGAAGCCCAUGAUUAA